CUGGAUGUUUACGGCCAGAUGAGCCUGGGAUGGCAGAGAACAACAAUGUGGCCGAGGACUGCGCCGCCCAUAGCCUCACCAAGCUUCGUCUCCUCUGUCACGCCCUCCUCGGGCAAGCCACGCGAGCUGGCAUCCCCCUCGACCAUCUCAUGGACAUCUACCUCACCACCGCCUACGGCAAAUUGGAUGUCAGGGGUGGAGAAGAGUACAGGGAGCUGGCCGCGUGUGCCAACAGUGCCAACAAACCUUGCCGCUGGCGGAGAUGGGUAGCAGGUGCCAUGGUCGUGCUGGCCCUCAGCUUCGUCUUCAAUUCAUACUCCGACAUUUUGAUUAGAUUAAAGAACGAUUUUAUCACCUCGAAAUGCAUCGUGCGCAACAACUACUUCGUGAUGGAGGCGACGCGCCCGCGAACGAGGUGUGAGCGAGUGUGUAGGGGCGUGAGUGGCCCCGCGGACCUGAGUGCCAACAUCUCGCGGGCGGAGUUUGAGGAGUGGGCGUACCUCUCCCGCCCACUGCUCGUCCGUCGCGGCGCCGCACACUGGCUGGCCUUAGAUAAGUUCUCGGUGGCCUUCUUCCGUAGCGUCUAUGAUAGUAUUGAGGGCUCCUACGAUGCCGUGGCCGACGACUGUCAGUUCCUUCCCUUCCGCACAGAAUUCGUGGACCUGCGGGCGGCCCUGGCCAUGCACCCCGCCCGCGCCGCCCGGCUCCCAGGCACACCACACUGGUACUUCGGCUGGAGUAACUGCUCUCCCGGUGUGAGUACCAUCCUACGACAGCUUGCACCACGACCUGCAUUCCUGCCUUUACACUCCGAGUCAUCAGCCCUUGACUGGAUCUUCAUGGGCAGUGAGGGACCUGGUGCUGCCUGGCAUCUGGAUUAUGUACAAAGACCCUCUUGGCAAGCUCAGAUCAGUGGCACUAAGACAUGGCACUUCAGACCUGUCCCAGAGUGUCAGCAGGUCUGCCAACCAUUCAAUGUUACUGUCAAUAAGGGAGAUAUAAUUUUUGUCGACACAAACCAGUGGUACCACAUGACCUACAUCCAUGAAGGUGAACUUUCUAUAACUAUUGGUUCUGAAUAUGACUAAGCAUCAACCAAUGUUGAACUGGGUGUAACUUGUCAAAAAUGAUUAUAGUACUUGCUUUAAGUUAAACCAGUGUUUCAUUUGAAUUAGCUUCAGUUGCAUCAGAUCUCUAUUAGACAUGAGCAUCAAGUAUGACGUAACAAUAUUUUAUAAUUAUAUUUAUGACUGUAUUAAUGUUUAAUGUUUUCAUCUUAUAACCAUCUGAGAGCACAAAAUUCACAAAUGAUCAAACAAGCUCCGUAAGAAAUCAGUUUCACAAAGCUUCUGUGAACAAUAGAUUACACUGAAUUGUUGAGCAGUGGGUAGUUGUUCUGGAUUUGUAGUAAAAGCAAUCACUGCCAUCCCAUAUUUUACAGUACAGUAAAUUGAAGUUAAUACGCCAUGGAAGCCCGCAUUGUGCUCACCGAAAAGCUUGUUCUCUCUGCCAAAGGAAUCAGUGGUAUGCAGACCAUUUUAAUAGGGCAUUGUCACAUAGAUGGUAUUGACAAAAAAGUCUCAAACUAUUGUUCCUGUAGGACAUUUUAUGUGAUACAGUAUUACAAGCCCUAACACAAAUGCAGGUACACAUUUACAAACACAAAUCAAAGCCAAAAAUUCCUCAGUAUGUUAUACUUUAGUUACAAUGUGUGUGAUUAUACAAGAUAUUUUUCAUGCAUAUUACAGCUAUACAGAUUGUGAAAGAUUAUUGUGAUCACAGAUUCUGUAACAUAUUUAACUUUUAUUUGCCUGAUAAUGUUUCAUGUUUGUCCAUUGCACAGUUUAUAGUCUUCAUUUAAAUAUAUUAUAUACAGUAUUGAGUUUUUCAGCUUGUCACAUAAAGGAAGCUGGCAGUUUAAUAUUUAUUUGUCUCUGUAUCCAGUAGAUCAUUGCUGAUGUCAGUCUCUUAAAGUAAAGUCUGUACAGAUUUCCCUAGUCCUGAUUUAGAUAAAAUGUACAAGCUGGAUUUUCUGUAAAGUGUGUAGAGCACAUGCAACAUUUCCAGGUCUUAGAAACAGGGAGGAGAAUUGUCUAAGCUAGAGUACAAUUUGUAAAACUCUCCAGAUCCUUUAUCACACACCUGCAUGAAGUACUACACUGUAUGUAUGUUGAAAGAAAACUUAUAUAGUAUACUGUUGACACAAUUUCUUAAUUUUAACUAUGUAUUAAUACUCUACUCAUUAUUGUCAUUUUCAUUCAUACAUAUAAAGGUAUUUAUAGGUUGAGGAUGUGGGUGAUACUCGUGUUAUGAUGAUACACAAAGAGUUUAUGAAUUCUUUUAAAAUUAGAAUUGUGUAUAUAAAAUGUUUUGUGAUUUAACUUGAAAAUAGUAAAGAAGGGAAGAAGGUAAUCUAGUCAUUGAGGUCAGUGUUAUCACUAGUAAAGUAGUCAAAUGUUUUCAAGUCACAGUAUAACAGAGGUUAAAAGUGGAGGGAAACCUCUGUACAUUAUUUGGACCACUAAAGCCUGAGUACAAGUAUUAGUGUAAGAACAGUACCGAGUUCAGAGGGGCUUAGUCGUCCUGGCAUAUAUAAAAUUGGUUGCAAAUAGUCAAAUUACUUUAGACUAAGUAAUCUCUCUGGUCUGGUUAAUAACCAGACCAGAUAUUACCAUAUUUUUCUCAGACUUGUCUCCUUUGUUGUUAAAAUGAUGUAAGUAAAACUGAUAACUUUGUAAUAUUUUUAUUGUGCCAGAGUUGCAUUGUUUAGAGAAUUUGGCAUUUCACUUGAGUAAAGGAGUUGCUCUGCUGAUAUAAAUCAUUAACCAGUGCUAGUCAGGAUUUUCUGUUAUCUCAGAAAUGAGUUCUCUCAAGUUGUUUAAUUUGAAAGACAUCAAUAGACACACAGGACUUCUGGCUAUAUACAAAUUAUUAUUAUUAUUAUUAUUAUUAUUAUUAUUAUUAUUAUUAUUAUUAUUAUUAUUAUUAUAAUCAUUAGAAUUUGAACUGGCUUGCCCCUUCUAAUUCAAGAGGAAAACAUGUUAAUCAUUGGGAAUGGAUGAACUUUUUAAUUGUUGCAUAAAACCAAAUACUGUAGGUCAGUCUCCAAAGGGUAUCAUCCUAAGGCACACAUGUAUGGUACUGGAUAUUCUUUUUGGCAAAAAUAUUUGGAUUUGAUGGGCAUAUAUUUGCACAAUUGUUGUAUAGCUUGUUAUUCCUCUAAUGGUUGUGUCCACAAUGAUCAACCAAGUACUAAAUAGACAUUGUUUUAUAUGCAGUAGCUGUUCGUUAUUCUUGUAUAGAUCUUUGAUGGGCCUUCACUGAAUAAUAUUUUUUUAAUAUAUCUACAUAUAGUGUACUAUAAAAUCUUCAGAUGUUGGAUUUUGUUAUAUAAAUGCUUUAUAUAAUAGAAUAAAUAUAUACAAAAUUAUAUUCAGCCAUUCUAUAUUGUUAGUGUUUAAUAGUAAUUUUGUAUUUUGUUUUAUCAUAAGUAUAGAAGUUGUAUUAACAACCAGUAAUGUUGAUGCAAGAAUUUCUUCAAAUUAUUGGUAGUCAUCUGUUACAUUACAAAGUACUGUACUCUAAUGCCACCAAGGAAAAAAUGGUAAAUACUUAAAUAUUUUUGCCCUUUUCACAUAUUUCUCAACUCUAUCUCACACUGAGUUAAUGAUUUAGAGAAGUGCCACACCAUAAACAGUAGUAAGACAAACUAUAGUAACUAUAUAUAUCUAAAUGGCAUUAUGAAAGUCUAGAUUGCAGUAUUUUGUUUAACAUAAGUAGUAAAAUGAAUUCACUUACACUAAAACACAGCAAAAACAUACCUGACAGAUAUUGCGUGCCAACUGAUACCUGUAGCUAAAUAAACAGAUACAGUGCAUGUCAGAAGUUGCAUAGCAACCUUUAUUUCUAAAAUUACCUCUGCUGUACUGUAUAUUCAUGAUGAAAUAAUAUUUUUAUCUUUGUUCAUAAUAUCUUGGCACUCCCUCAUUCUUCUCACUGAUUUAUUUCAUUAUAUUUUGCAUCCUGGAGAUUUAAUUGCAUGAUUUAAUUGCAAUACCUGGUCCAGGAUCUCUAUGCCCUCAGUAUUAUCAUCAGGAAAGAGGUCAUCAUAAAGUACUGAUUAUUUCCAUACAAAAUACACUUUUCAUGCAAUAUUUUCUUUGCUCUCUUACAACAUGAUUGGGCCAUUAUUUUUUAGGUUCAAUUUAAGUGACAGUAUUUAGAUAUUACAAAAUAUUGCUCUUUGCCAAUUACUUUAUUGCAAAUGCCUCUCAAACAUAAUACUGUAUUGUAUACUUAUGCUGACAUUUAUGAGCACAUUCUCCUUUAGUAUUUCUUACCCUUCUAGUAACUUAGCCAAUACUUAGUUUAUUUGUAUUUUCACCAGUAAACUGCACAGUGUAAAGUUCUGGCAUUAAUCAUAUUGUUUUUAUAUGGUGAGGAGGCAUCAACCCAGAGAAAAAUGGGAGCAGUAUAGGAAAGAACCAGCACCACUAUACUUCAGUAAAUCAUCCAAUACAACACCCCACCACUUUGAAGACUAAGUGUAUGGUGCUCCUUGUAAGUUACUCCCAUUUCAGAAACUGCUGCCUCCUAGCCUUGCUUGCUAUGACAUCCAAUGUGCUGUUUACAUUUAAUCCCCAUUUACUCAAAGUGGUGGCUCAUCUCUGCUUUUUUUCUUUCUCCUACCCUCAAGUCCACUUCAAUACAUUCUCUUCAACCAGUUUAUCAUUCACUUGUUCAGUAUAAUCAAAUUAUCUCAGAACUCAUUUCAAUCUUGGAAUUUACUGACUUGAACUGAACAUCUUUCCAUUACAUUUUAAUUCCUUUCUCUAUCAAUUUUCUUUACAUGUGCUUUUCAGAUACACUGUAGUUAAUUUCUACAUUUUUUAUGUCUAGGUUUUCUACGUUCAUGCCACACUAGCAUCUCGUAACCUAACUUGUAUUCAAAGUAUGUAGGCAAGAAAUACUAGACAGUUUUGUGAAUCCGCAAUUGUGUAGGAUAAAAACCAAUCAACAAUGAAAGAAUUUGUGGUUCAGCAUAUCUGACCUUCAAAGAAUUAAAGUACAUGUACAAUAUUUUUCAAUCUUGAGAACUUCCUUGCUUUGAAAGUUUAUCCUUGUGAAGAAUCUUCCUUGGCAGACAUAAGUAUUUCACAUAUUAAGUGUAUACAGUACUACUAUUACAACUGUAUUAAUACUGUACUAGGGAUUAUUUAGUACUUUUUAGAUUUCUGCACAUUCUUUUUAAAGUUUGGACAUGCCUAGUGUGUGGGGUACAAUGCAUCCACCCUUUUAACAAUAAACUGUAGCUUCAAAACAGUUCUUCCAGCUUGUGUUAAUAACUUUAUUUCAUAUACAGUACUGUACAGGUAAAACAUUUACAAAACAGGUAAAUUUGUUUUGUUAUUAAAUAUUGGAGUGCUAGUUUAUAAGUAAGUGUUACCAAACAUACUGUACAGUAUAUGUUGUAGUUGCUGAAAUUCUAAAUUCUGUUCUUCCAAACAUAAUUAUAAGCUGUUACAAACUGUGCCUUCCUAUUUAUAUAUAUUUUUAUAAUUGGAAUAAAUGUAUUAAGCAAAAA